GUCGAUCUUGCCAGAGGCAACGCUGCUCCCGUGCCUGAGUGAGCCUCCAUAGCCACAGCAGCAGCGCGAUUCCUCUGAAUCUGCACCUGUACCAGCACACUCACACCAGACCGCAGGUAACUCACAGGGGCCUUCAGUAAAACAAGAAUGGAGAGUACAUGAAACACCCGAGAACUGCCUGGGAGGGUAAAAUAUCGAUUCAAACUAGUUUGUAAACGCCGGCAAAAUGUCCAUCGCUGUCAACUUGAAGAAGAUCUCCAACUUGCCUGGGAAAUAUGACAGACAAGUGGAGCUGAUAUUCAGAGGGUUUACCCACAAGAUAAAGAAAACUCAAUGUGAAAACGAAGCUGUAUUCAACGAGCAAUUCACCUGGCCUCACUAUGGGAAGCUCAUCCGAGAGGAGAUGCUGUCCAUCAAAGUCUACAACUGCAGCAAGGUCUUCAGCAACAGGCUCCUGGGGAAGCUGGAGAUCAGUCUGCAGCACCUGGUGUCAGCAGGGAGGCUGGUCCUCAGAGAAGCUCUUACUGACAAGAACUACAGUCUGACCGAUAUUUUCAUCGAGUUGGAUAUCCGGUACCAGCCGCUGGAAGGCACAGCGGGGGGCUGGCUGGAAGAUGACUUCCUCUCCUCCCACGAUGAAGAUGACGGGACUGGACUUAUUAUACAGAACGUCGGCUAUUUCGACCCAGAGACGAGGGAGGUGAAGCGCACUGACAAGCUGGACCGCGAGGCUCGACGGCUGGGGAAGAGCCUGGUGAAGAGCGGAGAGGAGGGGGACGAGGAAGAUGAGGACGAUGAUGACGAGGACUACGAUGUCUCAGAAAUCGAGUUCUCAAACAUCAGCUUCACACACAUCAAGAGUCGCUGCCGAUUCCUGUCAAAGACUGAACUGGCAGCCGCACCCAAAGUGCAGAGUUUCCAGAUCAAUGUGAAUGUGCUGGAGGCUCAGAAGCUGAUCGGGGUGAAUAUUGACCCCCUGGUUUACGUGAAGGUGGGGGACGAGAAGAAACACACGGCAACACAGAAGUCAACAAACUGUCCUUUCUACAAUGAAAAUUUUAUGUUCGAGUUCCAGGAACCCCAAGAGGUUUUGUUUGAUAAAGUUGUUGAAAUUUCAGUUGCGUACAAAAAGAGGUUCUCGUUCUUUCCCACCCGGUUGGGCACAUUCAAGAUAGAUAUCAGCACCGUCUACAAUCAGCCUGAUCACCGGUUCUACCAGAAGUGGGCGGUGCUCACCGAUCCCAAGGACACGCGGAGCGGCAUAAAGGGCUACGUGAAGGGCACCGUCAGCGUCGUGGCGAAGGGGGACAGCAUGGGCAUGGCCAGCAUCCCCACGACGGGCAGCCAGAACGACGACAUCGAGAAGAACCUGAUGCUCCCCAAGAGGAUGCCGGCGGAGAGACCCUGGGCCAAGUUCCUCGUUAAGGUCUAUAAGGCUGAGGGUCUGCCCAGCAUGAACGCAGGGUUCAUGGGCAGCUUCUCCAAGAUCAUGGGGGAGAAGAAGGUCUUCAUCGACCCCUACGUGCAGGUCACCCUCGCAGGGCAGCAGGGAGAGACGUCCGUGGAGAGCAACACCAACGCCCCGGAGUGGAACGAGCAGAUCUCCUUCAUCGAGCAGUUUCCACCCCUCGCCCGGAGGAUCAAGGUGCAGGUCCUGGAUGACGCCAACAUCGGCGACGUGGCCCUCGCGACACACUUUCUAGACCUGCAGCAGAUAUCGAACCCCACGAGGAACGGCUUCCACCCCACGUUCGGACCCAGCUGGAUCAACCUGUAUGGCUCCCCCCAGAACUCGGUCCUGCGGGACAUUCACCGGGACCUGAACGAGGGGCUGGGCGAGGGCAUCUUCUACCGGGGUCGCAUCCUGCUCUCUCUCUCCGUGGAACUGUACAACUCGCCCGGCCCCACCGAGAACAAGGCAGCCAAGGCCAUGAAGAGCGCCCUGAGCAAGCUCAAGCUGAAGAAGAAGAGCAAGAAGUCCAAGGAGAAAGUGAAGGAGGAAGCAGCGCCGCAGGGGAGCAGCGAGGGGGCGGAGCAGGAGGAGAGCAUGGAGCUGCCCAGCGCUGUCACCGUGGAGAUGGAAGAGAUCCACCCGCUGCCUGAGAACUUCGUGGGUGAAAAGGAGGAGUUCCUGUUGUUUGGUUCCCUGUUUGAAGCCACCAUGAUCGACCCCUCCAUUGGAUCCAAGCCAGUCACGUUUGAGCUGUCUAUUGGUAACUACGGUAAGGCCGCAGACGUGAUUGUGAAAUCUAAAAAGACAGCGGCGAAGGAGGAGCUGAAAGAGGACAUGCAGCCGCUGAUGGAGAGCUCCGAAGAUGAGCUGGAGAAAGUAGACGUGGAGGAGCCUAGGAGCAGAGACAAGUCUGUCACUCAGCCCAAGAAGCCACAGCCAACUGAGCAUGACCGUUCUUUCAGUUGCAUUCCCCUGCUGCAUGAGAAGCCUUGCCUCUACAUCUGGAACUACUGUGAGGACCACAGCGCCCGGCUCUAUAAUACCAACUGGAUUGGAAAGAUGGCAGACAGACUGGAAUACGGGAUUGAUGAUGUGGAGAAGCUGCUCAAGCGGCCGAGGAGCCAUGCAAAGGAGCGUCUCAAAGAGAUCCUUGCCGAGUUCGUGGCAAGCUGCAGGCAGUACAGUUUAAAUGCAGAUAAGAAGACCAUGCCCAGGCCAAACAACCUGGACAAGUGCAGAGUGAAGUUUUUAAAACAGAGCAUUAUCAUGCUGGCCAAACAGGUCCUGAGAAUCAGACACCGAAUCACCAAAAAGAAUACCAGAGAAAAACUGAACGAGACGAGGACAAAACUGAAAAGACUGCGCUUUCUAGCCAAGGAGCCUCAGAGCACCCUGCCUGACGUAUUCAUAUGGAUGCUGAGCAACAACAAGCGCGUGGCGUACGCCCGCAUCCCGUCUCACACCAUCCUCUUCUCGAUGGUGGAGGAGGAGAGAGGAAAGGACUGCGGAAAACUGCACACCCUUUACCUGAAGACCCCCGGGGCCCCUGUGGGAGAGGUCUUUGCUAAGCUGGAGGUGUACAUGUGGCUCGGGGUGACCAAGUAUGUGAAGAACAACCUGAGCAGCCUGCCGGAGGAGUUCAAGCCCCUGUACGAGCAGGCCAGCUUCAGCACCCCCAUCCCGUCCAACAUGCCCCCGUCCAAGCUGUGCUGCGAUGAUAGCCGUUAUUUCCAGUUGAGGGCGCACUUGUACCAGGCGCGGGGGAUCCUGGCUGCGGACGACAACGGCCUGUCAGACCCCUUCGCCAAAGUGGUGUUCUCCACCCAGUGCCAGGUUACCAGGAUGCUGGAGGGCACCCUCUCCCCCACAUGGAGUGAGCUGCUGUUCUUCGAUCAGAUCCUGAUGGAGGGGAGCAAGGAGGAUCUGAGGAGAGACCCGCCCGUCAUUGUCAUCAACCUCUACGACUACGACAAAAUUGGCAGCCCCGAGUUCAUCGGCCGUGCCUUUGCUGGCCCCGAGGUCAAGCUGAUCGAUGAGCCCUACAGUAAGCCAGCCUUGCAGUUCUAUGACAUCACCAAAGGGAAGACCCGGGCAGGGGAGCUGCUGGCAGCGUUUGAACUCAUCGAGCUCGAUUACUCUGGAUACGGGGAGCCUAGUGUCUCAGCGGAUGUCGUCCCAAAAGAACCAGACUACCUGGUGGAGCAGAAUUACUACCCGAUCCCUGAGGGGGUUCGGCCCAAGCUCAGACCAUUCAGGGUUGAGGUGCUGUACUGGGGGCUGCGUGAUCUGAAGCGUGUCAACCUGUUUGAGGUGGAGAGGCCUCAGGUGAAGAUCGAGUGUGCUGGGAAAAUGAUCAAUUCCGAGGAGAUUACUGAUUACAAGCAGAACCCCAACUUCACUGAGCUCGUCCAGCACUUCGAUGUGGAGCUCCCUGAGCUGGUGUACCUGCACCCCCCGCUCACCAUCUUCGUCCUGGAGCAGCGAGCCUUCGGGCGCAUGGUGCUGGUGGGGACGCACGUGGUGCAGAGUCUCAUGCAGUUCGCACCCAAAGACCUGGAGGAGCUGAAUGAGGAAGAAGAGGAGCCGGAGCAGAAGGAGAAGAAACCUGAAAAGAUAGUGAACCCGCUGAACACCGUCAAGAACAUGGACCUGGGCUCCCUUCCUGUGGCAGCCUCCAAGAUUCCUAUCAACCCCAUCAACCUGGUGUCAGAAACCGUGAGUAAAGUCCCCCUCAAAAUCCCAAAACAGGAGGAGCUGGAAGAGGAGGAGCCUGAGAAGGAGGAGCUCGACUGGUGGUCCAAGUACUAUGCCUCUCUGGAGGAGCUGGAGAAAAAGAAUACAGAGGAGGAUGAUGAUAAUGAAGAUCAUCAGGAAGCAGAUGGUGAGAAUUUAAAUGCUGAUUCUCUAGAUGUAGUGGAAGAAGAUUUAACUGCCAAUACUGAACCAGAGCCCCCGAAACCAAAGAGGAAGUCCAUAGCAGUCCUUACACUCUAUAAAUCAGAACUAGAAAACGAGUUCCAGGAUUUCAUGGACUGGCUGCACACAUUCCCCAUCUACAAAGGCAAGGCCAACUGCGAUGAAGAGGAUGAAGACGAUGAGGAACGCACCAUGGGGAAGUACAAGGGCUCUUUCUUAAUUUACCCCAGAGAGGAGGCUGAGGAGGAGCCUGAGUGCAGGAUUAUCCAGGGAGCCCCCAAAAACAUGCCCAUCAAAGUGCUUGUGAGAGUCUAUGUGGUGAAGGCUACCAACCUGGCUCCUACAGACCCCAAUGGCAAGUCGGACCCCUAUGUGGUUGUGAAGAUUAGGGAGCAGCAUAUGGACAGCAAGGAGCGUUACAUACCAAAGCAACUGAACCCAGUCUUCGGAGAGGUGUUUGAGUUGACGGUCUCCUUCCCUCUGGAGACUGAGCUCUCUCUGUUGGUGUUCGAUCACGACAUGAUCGGCUCUGACGACUUGAUUGGAGAGACGAAGAUUGACCUGGAGAACCGUUUCUACAGCAGGCACCGGGCGCUGUGCGGCUUGGCGUCCCAGUAUGAUACGGAUGGCUACAACAAGUGGAGGGAUGCUCGCAAGCCCACAGUCAUCUUAGCCAACCUGUGCCGCAAAAACGGGGUCCCUGCUCCUGAGUACAGGCCAUUCGAAGUCAAAGUCGUCAACCAACUUUUUAAAAUCCCCACCGAGGCGUUUCCAGAAGAGCUGUUAAAGAAGAACAAGAAGACUGAAGAGGAUCUCAGCGAGCUGGAGGAACACAAAGCCCUGUUUGUCCUGCAGCAUUGGGAGCAGAUGCUGGGGUUUGGCAGCAAGCUGGUCCCUGAGCAUGUGGAGAUCAGGUCCCUGCUCAACUCGGAGAAGCCCGGAUUGGCACAGGGUUAUGUGCACAUGUGGAUCGACAUGUUCCCUGUGGAUGUACCAGCCCCGCCCCCUGUCAAUAUCAAACCCCGGCUACCGAUAAGCUAUGAGCUGCGUGUGAUCAUUUGGAACACCGAUGAUGUCUUCCUUGAGGAUGUGAAUCCAUUCACAGGGGCGCUAUCCAGUGACAUCUAUGUCAAAGGCUGGAUAAAGGGGCUGGAGGAUGACAAGCAGGAGACGGACGUUCAUUUCAACUCUCUGACCGGGGAAGGCAUGUUCAACUGGAGGUUUGUGUUCCGCUUUGACUACCUCCCCACGGAGAAAGAGAUCACGUUCAAGAAGAAGGAGUCCAUCUUCUCCAUCGAUGAGACGGAGUUCCGGCAGCCCGCCUACCUGGUGCUGCAGGUCUGGGAUUACGACCGGAUCGGAGCCAACGACUUCCUCGGUUCCAUUGAGUUGAAGCUGAACGACAUGGUGAGAGCAGCCAAGACCUCAGAUCAGUGCUCAGUGAAGAUGGGGAAGGACAAGGCCAGCCCCCGCUUCUCCAUCUUCAGGAGCAAGAGGAUGAAGGGCUGGUGGCCCCUGAUCAAGCUGAAGAGCCAGGAGGAAAUCGAGAGGGAGGAGCGAGAGGCCGAGGAGGAGGCAAAGAAGAAAAAGAAGAAGAAGAAGAAGAAGGACAGGAGGAGUCGAAUGAAGCCGGAUGAGAUUCAGUUUGUGGAUGCCAGUGGAAACACCUUCGUCCUGAUGGGUAAGGUUGAAGCCGAAUUGCAGCUGGUCACUGUAGAGGAAGCUGAGAAGAACCCGGUAGGAAAGGCACACAAGGAGCCGGAGCCGUUAGAGAAGCCCAAUCGACCUAAGACGUCCUUCAACUGGUUCGUCAACCCGUUGAAGACCUUCGUUUUCUUCAUCUGGAAGAAAUACAAGAAGUAUAUCAUCGCUCUGCUCAUCAUAGUCGUCCUGGCUCUGUUCCUGACCCUGAUCUUCUACACUCUACCGGGGCAGAUCAGCCAGAAGAUCAUCAACGGGUGAAGCGCUGACCUCUGCACUCACACAAGAGAAAGAGCAGAGAUACUGGCACGGACUGACACCGGGCUGCUUCUGUUAUCUCAGAUCCAUCCUCCACUAACAAACACUGAGCAUUUACAAACACAACCUGGAGAAAUUCAGUGGCAAACGCUUCCAUUAGGUAACACUUUGCGUUAAGUGUCUCUCUAACUGCACUGUAUUUGCACUGUAAGUUGUGUGGUUACAUGUAAAAUAUGGGUUAUCUGUUAAUAUCUGUGUUACUUAUAGUAAUCACUACAAACGUUGAUCAAAUGCUAGAACAUACAAAACGUUCUUUUUUUCUGUAUAUAAGUGCAUCUUUACAAAAUGUUAAAAUGUUCUUGAAUUUAAUGAAAUCGAAUGUGUUUUGAUGCUGUACGCAUUCAGCUGUAACGUUGUAUGUUGGAUUAGUCAACGGUUCAAUCUAUUUUUUAAAUGUACUUUUUACAUUCGACAUAUGGAGUGUAUGCUGUAGCACCUUUAUAUUACACCAUGGAGACAUGUUUUAAAAAAAAAAAAAAAAAAAAGCAAUCAAGGUAUUAGAUAAGAAAUUAAAAAUACUAAUUAUUGUACACAGGACGAUGCAGAUCAAGGUGUAACAUGCAUGUGCUUCGCUUCCGUUUGUGUGGCAGCCAGGUAGCUAACAGAGGGGGCUAAUCCAAUCAAUCUCGACGCCUGGCCUUUGUAUAAAAAUGUGUGAGCAUGCUAAUGCUGUUGUUCUGUAUGUAGACUCUUAAUGUUGACCCACACUGAUGCAGGGAUGCAUUCAUCAAUAAAUAUACUGCUGCAUACAGUUCAAACUCUUCAGAUCUCUGGCUCCUAUAGAAUGCAUAUGGUCCUGUACAGUAUAGUGUGUAGAUGCCUGAUUCUAAGUGUACUGCACUGCACCCUGCUGGUGCACAUUGCA